AAUGUGCCCACAGAGCUUGAUAAGGUAUUUCACUUUCAUCUUCUUAUUGCGGAUCCCAUGGCUCAAGAUAGCCCCCUUUCCAUCGCUGCCAGCGUCAUCGGCAUCCUCACAUUCGCAGUCGCCAUCCUCCUCGGGAUCUAUGCCCGCGUAAUUCAACUGAGUCAAGGCGUCCACCGGUUGAUCAAGCUUGACGACGAAAUCAAGGAGAUCGUAUUCGCAAGCGCGCGAUCCCUUGGCGAAACGGGCGACUCGCAGGAUGAUGCGCUAGACGCUUCGAGAUGGGGACCUGAUUUUGUAAGGGAGGAUUUCUUGCUCCCAAUGUACUUGCUGGACUUAAAGACAUUUGCGCAUACAUGUUGGAUUUUGAAACAGAGCACACUUCUUAAGAUGUCGGAGUGGGAUGACAGGAGAGUUGGUAUUAUAAAGGAUAGGGCUGAGGUCGAAGAAUUUCGAUCAAGGCGUCGUAUGAUGCAAAUGAGUAAACUUUGUAGAAAAAUUGACGAUUUAGAACGAAUAAUAACGAAAGGGUUCGAGGAAACCCGCAUUAAGCUUGAGGAUAUUACAAGAUCGGUAACUUCAUCGGUCUCAGUACUACAAAAUGUACCAAACACUGCGGCAAACAACUCAAACGACGACGGUGAUAAUCUCUCAAAUGAUAUACUCCUGGCAGAGCGCGGUAUUCAAACCUCUUUCAAGAGAGCCAUGCAACAACUAGACUCCGAAUCUCAUGAGAAACUUCGUGAGGUGUUCCAGAGAGAGAUACCAACAGACAUCAACCAAUUUUUAAUAGUCCUAAACACGGUGUUCCUCGAGAUCAACCAUAGAGGAUCGCAGUAUUGGAGGGAUCGGGAGCUCCGAACGCUCUCAAUCGUUCCCACCUGGUUAUCUGCCCUUUUUAGUGGCCGUGGACCGAUGAUGGCCUGCCUGGGAUGCUGCGUUGGAUGUUGGACAGCUAGAAGGCGUCGAAGGAGAGGAGCGGCACCGAUGUACGGAACUGGAUGGAUGGCAGGGUCAAUAAAGUCGGAGCAGCAGAUUCCUGUAUAAACUCCGCUUAAUCCUGACUGAAUGCGUAGGCGUUGAAGGGUAUUGCUGGAUAUGAAGGUUUUCAACCAAGAUGGGAAAUAGGUACAUGCUUGCAGAUUCUGCUUUGCCUGCUUAACUUGAAGUUACGAGAGGAAGAUCACAAUGUGGAAUGCACGGACCUCGAAUUAC